GGAAGUGGGAAAGUGCUCUGCUCUGCUCACUGCUCAAGUUCAAGUAAAACUUUUGCAUUGUAAUAUUGUAAAAUCUCUUGAAUUAAUUAAUAGUAUUUUUGUAAUUUGCAAUUCAAGUAGUUUUAUUGUUAUCAUAUACGAAAAGAUAAAUUAGCUGGAAAUGGCUCUGCGAGAUUUGCUGGAGGGUGAGUGUGGAGCUUCCAACUCCCUGGUUCGAUUGACAAAUCAUUUCGUUCAAGACCGAGGACUGAAAGAUGAAAAUUACAGGCAUCCGUUUCAGGCGAAUGAGCCGAUUCUCAGCAGUCAAGAUCCGGAUCAACUGGUACAACAGUUUCUGGAAGAAACUGUUGGUUCGACACCUCAGUCGUUCAGGAUGGACUCUCUGUUGGCGGAGAUGAGGGACAUGGAGGUGCGCAGUGCGCAGGCCCCCCCGGUGCAGUCAGCGCCUGUCUCGCAGCUCGCCAUUGAGGGGGACUCCAGCUGCUGGGCGGACGCUGACGCCAACGAGGAGAAUGUCAGGAGCUGGGCCGAGCAGUAUAUCGAGUCUGGCCGACAUUUCAUGAUGCCGGAGGAAAAAGGUGAUCAGUAUGCCAUUUGGAAGACCGAUGACGAAGAUGAAUCCGCACCACCCAAUCUUGAGAAGUAUGAGCUUGGCUUCGGACCAAAUUGGGCUCAGGAAUAUUUGGAGACUUCAGAACAAGUUGACGUGAAUAAAGUGUUUAUGAAGUUCAUGCGUCAAAUAGGGGAAGGUGAAAUUACCAUUGAAUCCGGAGAAGUUGUUGACAAAAGUAGUGAUAAUAGUAAAUUAGGAGAAUGGUCGAGCGAAUUUGUUGCAGCUCAGAAACCAGAAGAUUGGGUAUCUGAAUUCCGUGAAUCAGAAACUGGUGCACAAGCCUUAUCAGAUAACCCAGAAGAAUUGGACGACUUCACCAGCAAAUUAUGGAGUAAACUAUCACAUCAAUGGGAAGAAAUAUCCAAUACUAACGAAACGGAAAAUCUAUGGUCAAGCGAAUUCGAGGAUUACGCUUCGAAUUAUGUGGAUUAUAAAUUUGCUGAGGAUAACCCCAUGAAAGAUGCAGAGAAUGCAUUAGAAGAAGGGUUGAAGAAGCGAGCCCUUGGUGAUCUGCCCUCAGCUGUGUUGUGCUUUGAAGCAGCCGUACAACAUGAUGACCAAAACUCCAAAGCCUGGGAACUCCUCGGCGUUACACAAGCUGAGAUUGAACAGGACUGUCAGGCAAUAAUUGCCCUGAAAAAAUCAUUGUCUCUCGAUCCAAAGAACUUGACGGCACUUAUGACGUUGGCGGCUAGUUAUACGAAUGAAAAUUUUCAAAAUCAAGCAUGUCACGCUCUAAAAGAGUGGCUGCAUGCUAAUCCCAAGUAUACAGACUUGGUUCCAGAAAGUCCAGAAACAAUUAGUCAAUUCAGAUUGCAGAAUGUUUCUUCUAAAAUGCUAUCAUCAUUUCACGACGAAGUGCAAGCGAAAUACCUGGCGGCUGCGCGUCGAAAUCCGUCGCAGGGGAUCGAUGCAGACGUGCAGUGUGGCCUCGGCAUCCUCUUCAACCUCUCCUCCGAACUCGGCAAGGCGGCCGACUGCUUCCGUGCCGCUCUACAGGCUCGACCUGAUGACUGUAAACUAUGGAACCGAUUGGGUGCCACUCUUGCCAACGAUCAGAAAUCCGAAGAAGCCGUGGACGCCUAUCACCACGCCCUUCAGUUGUCCCCGGGCUUCAUUCGUGCCAGAUACAAUCUCGGCAUAACAUGUGUUCAUCUCAGAGCUUACAGGGAAGCAGCUGAACAUCUGUUGACAGCUUUGAAUCAGCAAGUGGCUGGGAGAGGGAUCCAUGGCGAGAAGUCUGUUUCAAUGAGUGACUCGAUUUGGUCCACCCUCAGGCUCACGGUUUCAUUACUGCAAAGAUCAGACUUGAUUCCAGCCGUCAAUCAAAGGGAUCUGAAGAAAUUGAACGAUGAAUUCGAAAUUACCGACAAUGAAGGAUAGUUUAAAGUGUGAAGUGGGUGGAGGAACUUUGUUUAUUAUGGUGCAUAUUUGGAUGUGAGUGUUUUUGGGGCAUUAUUUUUUAUAUAAUAUGAAUCAUUAGCCCAAUCACUUCAAAAGCAAACGAUAUUCAGAUCAUAGCCUGAGUGGGUAAUUUGAUUGAUAUCUUUGCUGUAAAAAUGCCAAUCGUAAUCAAUAAUAAGGUUAUCAAAUAAUGUAAAGGAUGAUUCCUUAAAACUUAUGAUUCCUUAAUAACUCGAAUGAAACUUUAAUUUGCGUCGCAUAUAACUGAUAGCUGUUCACUGAUGUCACAAAUUACUGAUUUUCCUCUGAAAUAUCCUUAAUUUUCACGUUUUUGAGGGCAGAGACACAUUUUUCUACCAAAUUUCGAUGAAGAUCGUAAUUUUGUUCCAUGUUUUUGUUCUAUUUGGAUUGGAGAGGAGGUAAUUAUUUGACUAUUGAAAUAAAUUUGGUUUCAUGAACAUUGUUUUCUGUAUUGAGUGGAUGAACCAUUCAAUCAAGCUUUGCAUAAAGAAAGAUAAAAAAGAAACAAAUACUUCGAGUAGUUUGAAUGUAGUGCUGAUUCCUAUUCUGGAAAUGUUUUCAAUAUUUCCGCAGAAAUAAUUGAUGGUUUGUGACUCCGUUUCAAUUUAUCUCUCUGACCUCACUUUAUUAUUUUUCAAAUAUAUAGUUUCAGAGACAUUUCUCAAUGCUCGAUAUAAAUUACAAUUCAUUCUAACACAGCUAACUACCUUUUUACCUAAGGACUUUCAAAAAUUAAAAAUAUAUUUACUUCAUUUGGCAGCGACCGCUAUGAAAGUUAUGGCAUGGAAUUGUGUAUUCAGUAUGUUUCUAAUAAAAAUAAUAAUAUCGUGUGACCUGGCUGGUUAGGUAUGUUUCUAA